AUGACGCUUGCAAACUCAUUCUCGGUACUGCUCAAGGCUCCCUUCAACGACAUCGAGUUUCACAGUAAGGUCGACUUUGCGAUUCCACCAAAACCGCCAGAUUCCAAAGUGACAAUUAAGGAAUUGCCGCUGUCAGUGAAAAUCCAUUUCAACAUUGAAUGCAAUGGGCUUGUUGGAUAUGGCCUUUAUGAGGAAGGGUUUGGUUAUUGUUGGUCUGGUGCUCGAGCUAAUGUUGGAAUUACAAAUGGUAGAUAUUGUUAUGGCUGUGUUGUUAUUUCUGCUCAACAUGUUGAUACCGAUGAUACUUCCCCUGAUCAGCGACAGCUUUGCCGUCUUGGUGUUUCUAGAGGUGAUGAUGCCGUUGGAGCUCUUGGUGAGACCAAACACAUCUUUGGUUUUGGUGGCACCGGAAAGUUCUCCAAUACCGGGAAGUUUAUGAAUUUCGGUGAUAAGUUUGGCGUUGGUGAUACUAUAGUUUGUUGCAUUGAUCUUGAGAGCAACCCAUUCGCUUCUAUUGGUUUCUCUAAGAAUGGUAAAUGGUUGGGUAUUGCGUUGCAAUUUGAUGUUGGUUCUCUUGGUCUUGGAAUGGACUCUUUUUUUUCCGAAGGAUUCGCCUUGGGAAUGGGCAUUUUUCCGCAUGUUCUGUUGAAAAAUGUUGUGGUUCAGAUGCAGUUCAGUGUUGAACAAGGACUUGUUCCUCAAGAAGGGUUCAGACCUUGGGCCUUGGUAGUUGCAGAUGGAAAUGCGGUUAUGGGACCUUCAUUUUCUGACCCAAAGGAUUGUGAAUUGAUGAUGCUGGUGGGAUUACCGGCUUCAGGCAAGACUACAUGGGCUGAAAAAUGGGUGAAAGGUCACCCGGAGAAGCGUUAUGUUUUGCUUGGUACAAACUUAAUUCUUGAUUCGAUGAAGGUUCCUGGACUGUUACGGAAAAACAACUACGGUGAAAGGUUUAAUCGUUUGAUGGACAAAGCAAGUGCAAUGUUCAAUGUAAUUCUGUCCAGAGCGGCUAAUGUACCUCGUAAUUAUAUAAUCGAUCAGACACAUGUAUACAAAAAUGCACGCAAGCGUAAGCUUACGCCUUUUGUUGACUAUCAAAAGAUUGCUGUUGUCGUGUUCCCAAAGCCAGAAGAGCUCAAGAGACGGUCUGAAAAAAGAUUUAAAGAAAUGGGCAAGGAAGUUCCAAUUGAUGCUUUGAAUAACAUGAUAGCUAAUUAUGUUCUACCUAAAAGCAAGGAUUUGCCAUAUUCAGAUGAAUAUUUUGAUCAGGUUCUAUUUGUUGAAUUGAAUCGAGAUACGUCUCAGAAAUAUUUGGAUCAGAUGAAGAAACAUAUUGCGUCUCUAUCUAAUAACAACCCGUCAACAUUAUCGCGUCGAGGUUCUUCUCAGUCUUCUUCCGAACUUGCAUUGCAGAAUCAAGGAACUUCAAUAGGAAGUGGCAUUCACCAGUGGAGAGCUCAUUCUGCUAUCUCUCAAAUUGACUAUAGGAUGCCUAAUCAAGUCGAAGCACAUGGUCAUAUGAAUCCAUUGUCGGGAGGAUAUUCAAGCAAUCAAAUUUCACACGUUGCAAGAUCACCUUAUCCUUAUGGAUUUUAUUCCAAUGACGAAGCAUCUUAUUUUCCUAGAAAUAAUGUUGGUUCCAUGCAAAGUUAUGGCAACGUCGAAGCAUAUGAAAAUCUUGUUCUGGGUAGCCAGUAUAGGCCAAGUACUACGGGGAACAACAAUGUUGGUUUUCAUGGAAGACCUUAUGUUGAAUACAGAGAUUCGCAGCCUUACAAUUAUAGUACAUAUGAAAGACCUUGUGUUGAAUACAGAGAUUUUCAACCGAACUUGCAUACACCUACAACAGCCACAUCUUUGCUUCCCCCGUACAGGGAGUCGACUCUAAGACCUCGACAUGGUGGAUUACCUAAUAACAUGCAAUGUUCAGGGAGAUAUACUUCUCAGUUUGAUGAACGUGGUAUGGCAAGAAAAUCCGCAGGAAACUCCAUAGGAGUUUCCGCAGGAAAUUCCGUAGGUGUGCGCGAAGAAGAUGAUGAACAGGAACGGAGACCAAGGGAGCACGCGUGUGAGGCUGUGGCUGAGAUCGAAGGUGAAAUACAUGAGACUCCGUUUCAAGCGUUUGAAGCUGUGAAUGCGGUGAGAACUCCUCUUUAUGAGAUAACGAAGCCAGAAACGGUUAUGUCCUCUUUGAAAGAUGCUCAGGUUGUCGUUGAGACCGGAAAGGUGGAAGGCUGGGGGCAAGUAAUUGACGUGCGUCCCAAAUUUGAUAAGAAGGGUCUUGGUUUCAAUCCUGGAAAGCAGAAUGCAUCGCCCAAGUCUGGUGUCCUUAGCCCGAUCAAGUUUGUGAGUGGCGGUGUCAUUCAAGAUGGUCAGCUGGAUUCGUCCAAGUAUUCAUGGGGAAAUACCUCGCAACUGGACAAUUGA